CCCCCCCCCCCCCCCCCCCUUCCCUCUUUUGCAGUGUCCCUCCCUCGCCGCCCCGCCGCGCGUCAGCCACUCGCUUGAAGGAACUCGCCCGCCAUGGACGAUCGCGACUCGCUCCUGGCUCCCGGCAGCCAGAGCCACUACGACACCACUUCCGGCAGCAUCCAGGAUGUUGAGAACCAGGACGCCGCCUCGACCAAGAAGAAGUCCGCCUUCUUUGUCGGCCUGGUGCUGGCUCUCCUGCUGGCCGUCGGUGCCGGUGUGACCCUCAUCCUGCUGCUGAGCAACAACCCGAGCAGCCUGUCCUACAAGGUCCAGGCCGAUGGCGUCAUGCGCCGUCUGUCCGGCCUGCUGGACACCGCCAAGAUCGGCGGCCUCAACUCCCGCUCGGUCCUCAACAACUACGGCGAGUCGCUGAAGUUCGUGCGCGAGGUCCUGGCCAACAACACCGAGUGCACUCUCUACACCCAGAAGCUCGUGGUGCCGAUCCACGAUGUCGUGGAGCCCGGCCGCCUGGGCCUCGUGCAGCCGCACGUCGUCAACUACCAGGCCAAUGUCGACUUCCUGAACAUGCGCUACGGUGGCAAUGGCACCAUCACCAUCGACAAUGCCGAGGUCUUUGUGGCCGACAACUAUGGUUGCGCCGGUGCCGAUUACAUUGGCAUGCCCACCUCGAAUGCGGUCAUUGUGGCCCGCUAUGGCGGCUCCUGCGAGCCCAUUGACAAGGCCCUGCUGGUGCAGCACAUCGCUUCCCUGGACAACGGCGGCAUCUACGACCCGACGGUGGCCCUGCUGCUGGACAACAUCGAGACCAGCACCACGCUGAAGAAUGCCCGCGUGCGCUUCACCGCCUGGAAGGAGGGCGACGAGCUGAUCCAGCUCCCGGUCUUCUCCAUCUCCCACUCCAUGGGCGCCGGCCUGCGCAACAUGGUGGCCGAUGCCGCGGCCGAUGCCGACCGCCCGGCCCCCCGGAUGAAUGUCUACUCCAACACCAAGCUCACCGUGGCCGACACGGAGAACCUCUUCUGCGACUCGCCGGACGCCACCAACAGCACCAAUGUCGUGGUCCUCGGCGCGCAUCUGGACUCGGUCCCCGAGGGCCCGGGCAUGAAUGACAAUGGGUCCGGCUCGGCCGCCCUGCUGGAGGUGGCCGUCCAGUACUUCCGCAACCGCACCCACAAGCGCGCCGUCAACCCGGUCCGCUUUGCCUGGUGGGCCGCCGAGGAGAUCGGUCUCCUGGGUGCUCGCCACUAUGUGCGCACCAUGCAGGAGUCCGGCGACAUCGCCAAGAUCGCCGCCUACAUGAACUUUGAUAUGCUCGGCUCUCCGAACGGCGUGCCCUACAUUCACAAUGGCACCGACGUCAACGCCAACAUCCCGCUCGAUGUGCAGAACGCCAGCACCCGCGUGCAGCAGCAGCUGGAGUCCUUCUUCGUGGACAUUGCCAAGGCCCCCUACAGCUUCACCCACAUGCAGGGCGGGUCGGACUACCUGCCCUUCAUCGAGGCCGGCGUCCCGUCCAGCGGUAUGGCCACCGGCGCCAGCGGCCUGAAGACCGAGGCCGAGCGCACCAUCUUCGGCGGUGAUGCCAAUGCCCCGCAUGAUGCCUGCUACCACCUGCCAUGCGACACCCUGGAGAACAUCAAUGUCCCGCUGCUGGAGCAGUGUGCCCGUGCCGCCGCCCAUGCGGGUGAGCUCCUCGCUGUGCACCCCUGCCUGCGCCACUUCCUGCAGACCGGCGAGGGCACCUGCCCCCCGGCUCUGUAAGUGUGUGUCCCGGCAGAGCAUGCAUCUAUGCAGAGGGGCGGGGAGCCGGGGCGAGGGGGCGGGGGGGGG